UGAAGACACAAGUUCGUGGAAGGUGAGGUUGAAGAGUAAGUAAAGGGGGGAAAGCGGAAUCAGGAUUGAGCCUCUCUCCCACAUAUCUUUUUUACUUUGGUAGAGCUAAUAAUUGAUGCAGCAGCAGCACCGGAUAGAUAUACAAAAAAUAAUUAAAUGGACAUCAAAGUGCUGUCUUCGGGCGUCCGGUACGAGAACUUGCCGGAAAAAUAUGCGAGGCCGGAAUCCGAGAGGCCUCGGCUGUCGGAAGUGAGUGCUUGCGAGAACGUUCCGAUCAUCGACUUGGGAUGCGGCGACAGAAGUAGGGUGGUGCAGGAAGUGGGGGAAGCCUGCAAGUCUUACGGCUUUUUCCAGGUUAUCAAUCACGGAGUGAGGGCAGAAGUAGUGGAGAGAAUGAUAGAAGUGGGGAAUGAGUUCUUUGCGUUGCCGGUGGAGGAGAAGUUGAAACUGUAUUCCGACGAUCCCUCCAAGACCGUCAGGCUGUCCACAAGCUUCAAUGUCCGGAAGGAGCAGUUCCACAACUGGAGGGAUUACCUCAGACUCCACUGCCAUCCUCUCCAUCACUACAUCCCUCAUUGGCCAUCAAACCCUCCUUCCUUCAGGGAAAUAGUGAGUAAUUACUGCGUGGAGGUACGGGAACUUGGGUACAGAAUAGAAGAGGUGAUAUCGGAGAGCCUGGGGCUGGAGAAAGAGUACAUAAGGAAGGUGCUGGGGGAGCAGGGGCAGCACAUGGCCGUGAAUUAUUACCCGCCGUGUCCCCAGCCGGAACUCACGUACGGACUCCCGGGCCACACGGAUCCCAAUGCCCUCACUAUUCUACUUCAGGACCUGCACGUUGCGGGACUCCAAGUUCUCAAAGAUGGCAACUGGGUGGCUGUCAAUCCCCACCCCAAUGCCUUUGUCAUCAACAUUGGCGACCAGCUGCAGGCAUUGAGCAAUGGCGUUUACAAGAGCGUGUGGCACCGGGCGGUUGUUAAUGUGGACAAGCCAAGGCUGUCGGUUGCUUCUUUCCUGUGCCCUUACGACGACGCCCUCAUCGCCCCCGCCCCACCCCUCACCAACAAUCAUGCGUCUCCCGCCAUAUACAGACCCUUCACCUACACCGAGUACUACAACAAGUUUUGGAGCAGAAACUUGGAUCAGAACCAUUGCUUGGAACUCUUUCAAAAUCCUUCUAAUUCUAAUUAAUAUCCACUAUCUACUUUUUACACGCUUUUCAACCUUCCAUUUCCAUUUCAAUAAAAACUUUAUGUUUUAAAUCUCUAUGUUGUUUCAAUUAAAUUCCUUUCAUACUCAA